CACGACACAGCGUGCCAGUCAUGUGACCUAUAGCUGUCGGGGUACCGAGGAUUUAACACGAGAAGUUUCAUCGACAGUUGAUGACAGAGCUUGAUGUGAUAAAUAUCAUGCUGGACAUACUGGGAUGUAACAAGAUAAAAUCAUUCGGAACAAAAUGUGGUAUCUGAUCUAAUUGCAAGAAAGCGUCAAAAAGAAUUGACAGUUUUACAACAAACUCGGUCGGACAGAAACCCAGCCUAACCAACAACCGUUCUCCUGUGAGUGGCAAAGAAAAAGAUAAACGAUCCACCAAUUGAGAUACUUUUUGCAAAAGGAUAGUUUAUGCAGUGCUUACAUAGUUUGUUCAGCUUCAGUGAACAUACCAAGUAACGAUUUGGAAUCUGCCAAAAGGAUCAGCAGAGGCUUCGCGCUGUGAAUACCAAUUCAGCGUUAUCGGAAACUUUCUAAUAUCGCUCUCGGAGACACUUUGAAUACAAAAUAAAACAUCCGUCUGUAAUUGAGGACUUUUUAAUUGAGGAUAAUUUUGUUUUGGAAUUCACUGGUAAUUCACGUUGGGAUUAAAGUGGAAUAAACAAAGAUCAAAAUGGAUUACAAGUUUGUGUUAACGGUAACGAUAAUCUGUGCUGUCGCCAUGACAACUGAGUCUAGGAACAUAACAAUGAGAGCCUGUGGUCCAAGGGGGAAGUGCACUUAUGACGAAAUCAUGAUGAAAGUUUCAAAAUGUUUUGCAAAUCACCUCACAAUAGAUGAGGAGGUCCACGGGAAGAAACCUCUGACGACCUUGGAUGCAUUAGAGGCACGGCUGACCCGCCAAAUGGAGGCACUGUCAAUCAGAACAUUACGAGGCGUCCGGCGGAUCGAAACAAAGAUGCAGGAGUUGACAAAAACAGGGAUGGAUCGCCGUUUAGUACGCCUUGAUGCAGAAGCUCAAGGUGGUUCUCAAGGUGGCCUCAAUGAUCAACGAAUAAUUUCCGAGCGUUCUAUUCUCUGUAACGAACGUGGCGAAUCCAACAAAUGUCCGACGUUAUUUACUGGAAUCGACGGUUGGGAAACAUGCUAUCUGUUUUCAAACUUCAACGCCACCUGGCAGCAGGCACGAGACUACUGCGCUGCACUUGGAGCCAAUCUUGUCGUGAUGGAAACGAACAAAGAACACUACCUGGUGAAUCUCCUUAUCAAGCAGAAAAUGACUAAGGCAAACGGCACAGCUUGGUGGACAGCCGGUAACUACCAGGUGCAGUCCAACACCUGGAUGUGGGCAACCCAACUCCAUCUGCAGCCAUUCCGGUUCCACAAGUGGAAGAACGGCACACCAAAAUCUGAAACGACCAAAUGCAUGCUCCUCCCCGGUGAUAACGCCCAUACAUGGAUCAGUGAUGUCUGCACCGAACCCUAUAACUUCAUCUGUGAGACAUCUAAGAUCAUGAAGAUGAAAUAAGUUAGAACUCAAACAUUCUUUGAGUGACAGUGAAAGGGAGGACAAUGGUAUAUGGAUGGAAUCUAGUCAAAACAUGCAGGUGUUAUCUUUUAAACUAUUUUUCUUUUCAGCAAAUAUCUGUUGGGUAUGUCCUUGUUGGGUACACAUAUCCCAGGGUCAACAGGUUUCAAUUUGCUUUCUCGCAAGGCUCCUUUUUAAUUAUAGGUUUAAAGAACAUCAGCGCCAAGCUAUAAUGUUGAAUGUACGUAUAGACUGUGUGCCAUAUUUCUACAUUUAUAAUAUGUAAGCUACAACUUAUCAGCUAGUCUUAUAAGCAGUAAGCUAGUCUUAUCAUUUUUAGUGUACUUCAAUGUACAGUGUAUUGGCAAUUUUCUUUGAGUUAUUGUGAGUGACAAAGUAAGUUAAAUGUUAAAAGUAAACCAUGGCAAAUCCUAUUUGAAAAGUGGACGUUUUGAGAAAAACAACUCCAAGUCUUACAUAGAAUAUAUAGGGCUGAAAAUAUGCUUGUCUCUUUGAACGUAUCUUGAAGGCAUCUGUGAUGACCACUUUUUAUAACAGUCACACAAGCUCAGCUCUUUGUCCUUACACAAUCAAAAAAACCUACCCUUCCCCAUGGGCCAUAAAUCAGCAGCAAAAAGUCAAGAAAAGUUUGUCUUAUAUUGUUUCCAUUAGAAGAAAUCGGUUUCGAUGGAUUAUCGGGCAGUUUGACAUGGCAAGAUCUAUAACCCCUAUAACAUCAUUUGAUUCCUGCCUAACCUACUUAUCUACAUGGAAUGACCAUUGAUUUGUGAUAGUUUGUAUCAAGGGGGUAUCUCAAAGAUAAUAAGUGUGUACGAGUCAUGAUCCGGGCAGACAUCAGGGCUCGCAAAAAGUCAUAUAAAUGUCAGAUUUAUCGGUAAUAACAAAUUUGAGAAAUGGCCACUGAUACUGCUCACAGACUUGCAAUCUUUUUAUUGCAGUGACAAAUACUGCACAUCACUGUGCUAAAAAAUAUUAUCUAAAGUGUGCUUUACCUCAUUCGAUAGAGAUGUGCUCUCAGCAGCCAUGUUGUUAGUAUAACCAUACCUUGGUUGCAAUGUUGAAAUGUAAGUUCUCAUGUUGUGUUAUUCAAACAGUAAUUUCAAAUUGAAAUGACUCUUUGACUUUAACCCGCACAUUUCUGAAGUCUAUUUAGGAGAAUUCAUUGUUGCUUUAUUUCAUUUUAUCAAAUGCCCUCUGGGUAUCCAUGGCAAGACUCAGUUGCAGCAGGCAUGCAUUUGCUGAAAAACAUGUUUUUCAUGCAGAUCUGAGGUGAAAAUCAGUGUCCUGCUCCCAUGACCAAAGAUUUGCUAACUACUGAAUGACCGUCACUGAUAAGGGACAGAAUUGUUGUAAAUGCUUUGUAUAUUGCUUUAAUUUAAAGUUGUUGUCAAGUCUAAAUCUAUCAAAUCAAAUGUAAAUACAGAUUACUUAAUGGUUAAGAGUAAAGAUGUAUAAAUGUUAUGUUGUCAGUAAAA